GUUUCAUCAAAUUUAACAGAAGAAGCACAAUGCUCUGCAAAACUACUCAUCAAAGUCAACAGAAGAAGAAGCACAAGGCCGACAUGGAUGGCAGCAGCAGCAGAGUCGACUGGACCAACCAUCCACCCCAACUCUACCCACUCAUCGCCGACCACCUCAAAACCCACAUCGAAGUCCUCCGAUUCCGCAGCGUCUGCAGCUCCUGGCGUUCUUCCAUUCCUCCGUUCCUCGCUACCAUAUCUCCCAAUUUCCCUUUCCCCCAUGGGCCCACUGGCUUCCUCUCACAAAUCACCGUCUACCUCACCCGACCCGAUCCGAAUCCGAAUCCUUCCUCGUCGUCCUCAUCGCCGUCAUCCAAGGGCUGGUUGCUGAAGCUCGAAGAGUGCGCGGACAAGAUUCGCCUUCUGAAUCCGAUAACCAACUGGCGGGUCAGCUCUGUCAGGGACGACGUUGCAAGAAAUCCAACGGAUUUGAACCUGGUGGACCUUAACAUGGUGGAGCUGGGCAAAGCAUAUGCGCUGAGAUACACAAAGGGGCCUGGUUCCAUUUUUGGUAUAAACAAGGUGAUUGUAGCCCCUAACUUUAAAGACUGCUCAAUUUUCAUGAUCUACGAUGAAGGAAAAUUAGGUUUUGCCCAAACUGGAAAUGAGAAGCUCACACUCAUCAAUGACCAAAUUUCUGAUUACGAUGAUUUGAUUGUGUACAAGGGUCAGCCUUUUGUUAUUAACAAAUGGGGUCAAAUUUUUAGGAUCAAUUCGUCUCUGGAAUUGGUUCCUUUUUCUCCUCCGAUUGGUUUUGGUUGCAGAAAGAAUUUAAUUGAAUGUUGUGGAGAGCUUUAUGUGGUGGAUAGGUACCUUGAUCAGCAAGAUAAAAAAUCACAAGUACGUAAUGCUAGGGACGAAUUGGUUAUGUUUCGUAAUGCUAGUUUUAAUUUUUUUCUUCGCCAUCCUCUUCUUCGUCGUCGUCGAAGAAUCUACGACGCUGAUCCGCCCAAGGCAGUUGAUUUCAAGGUUUAUAAGUUGGGCGAUGAAGAGUUGGGGGGCAGAUGGGUUGAAGUGAAGAGCUUGGGGGAUCAAGCUUUCUUCUUGAGUGUUGAUUGCUGUUUCUCUGUUUUGGCUACAGAGUUGGAGGGUUGCAAAGGGAAUUGCAUUUACUUCACAGAUUCAAAUGACAUUGGUUUGGCGUUGAGAGAGUUGCUCAGAUCAGAUGGGUCUGUUUUCAGCUUGGAAGAUCGUAGCAUUAAUUGGCUUAGUUCUUCCCCUGUUUAUUCUCAGAUGUUUUGGCCAUUCCCAGCUUAAUUAUCCUUUGGAUUAAUGUAAGUGUAUAUAUAUAUUUAUAUAUAGUUCCUUCAGUUGAGGGAUCCUCAAAUAGUAUUAUUUGAGGGAUGGGGCGCUCAGCCAUUGGAUGCCUUUUAAUGAGAUUGUGCGGCUGUGAUUGUUUUAAAAGUUGUAACCCGUUUUCACUCAAAUGACCCGCAAAAGACCGAAGUCAAGCACACACGCAGAAGGGGAAACGAAGGAAGAGGAAGAGCCAGCCCUUGCAAGCUGAAGGGCAGAUCCACCAUCGCCAGCUGAAGAGCGGAUCCGACAAUCAGGUUCGGUUGUGCGAAUCAGAAAGCAGAUGUUGCCUUCGUCUUGGCAUAGGUCCACAUAGAAAGUAUUGGAGCUAUUGCUUUGUGAAAAAAACCGUAGAGACUUGUUAGCUGUAGUAGAUUAAAAGUCCAAUAGUAGCAGUGAAGUUCAUGCGGAAAUUUUAUGGAGAUAAGGUCCCUCUCACAGAUAUGAAUCGGAAUGUUUUGAUUUGAAAUGCACGUAUGGUUGUGGCAAAUUUCUGUAGAAGAAGAGCUUCGAAGGAGCAAACAUGAUUUAGUUGUUUCCAUUGCAAUGUUUGUAAUCCAAAAGAAAGUGCUAUAUUCGGUGUGGAAAUAAUAAUGAUCAGAAAUUUCUGGUUGAUGA